AGAUUAGUCGCUACUAUGUAUGGCGAGGACGUGUGAUUUGAUACCAUUUUGGUAGAUGUAUUGGGUUGCGAAGUAGUGAAAUCCACCUUAUGAAUAAACUUUUAAGUUUUGUUCUGUGGCUAUCACCGUCGUCCACAGAUCAAAUAUUUGCAAAAUUAACAGGUUAAUCUGUCAAACUAACAGAUACCAUUUAAUUAUUUCAAGUUAGACAGAGCGUGCGGUUCUCGUAUUAGAUGUCUUCAAAGCUGGUACCUGGAGGGAACAAGUCCGGAUUGCAAGACUAUUUUAAUUUGCUAUUUUCACUGAUUUAAAACUUUGGUUUGUUAAUGUUGACGAAUCGUCUGUGCUUCGCUGCUAUCGGAGUUAUUCCGUUAAUUUUAAUCACAUUUUUCCUUGUCUUCGAUGUGUGCGGUGGACACUGUCACAAUGACGUCUUUUUGCAGGCUAAACUUGGUAAACUCUCUUAUGCUAGAUGGGUGAAUACGUCAAUUACUUUAAUCUGCUCUGGAAAAGAAUUUACAAGUGUUAUGUGGUAUUCUGUGCGGAAGGUUUACAAAAUGGCUAUUGGAUGUCUUAAAAACGAACAUAGGCAGUUACAUUUAGAUUGGUUUCCUAAUGUUCCUGAAAUAAUUGCAUCUUACGUAUCAUAUGAAAAACAAAUUCGUCAAGUGUGUAUAUUUUCGUUAUCAAACGGAAUUCUAACUUCCAGGGUUUUAGUGGAAGAACUAAAUGCUUUAGAUCAAUCAGUUGAUAUGGCGCUAACUACGACAGUAUACUUUCUACCAAAUUCAAUAAUGACUAAUGUAUUUUUUAUCUGCAAACAGGGAGAAGUGCGAAACGGAACUUGCCAUAGUCGAUUGGGUAACGGCACAUUUUAUAAUGGUGAAAAAAACAUAUAUAAAAACAACGAAUUUUAUAAAAUAACCGAUAAAGUUGUUCCUACACAUAUGGGAAAACACGAAUGUUUCGCGAAAAUCAAUGGUACCUAUUACGUUGUGUCAGUUAUUUUCUCAAACAUAAGUGACUGGGUGUAUCCGGAUUCAGUCUCUUAUCGGUUCAUGGGCGAAAAAAUGUGUGGGUCAGAUAUGUGCAUUGAGGCUGCUAAUCAAGGCUACAUGCUGUGUGAUGCCGGGAUCCAUGAUUGCUACGUAGUGAAUAACUCUUAUCGAUGUAAGAAAGGAGUUCCAUUAAUAGAUUCCUGUGAGUAUUUGGCUAAAGAUUUAAAUUGGUCUUGUCCACAUGUUUCCAGAAAUUCCCCUGAAAUAGCCGAUUACGGACGGAAUCUACAUAGUGUUUCGUACAACGCCAAAACUCUGUAUCGCAUAAAUCCAGAUUAUAUUUUGAAUUUCACUUCUAAAUUCACUGACGAUGAGAUCAGACAACAGCUUGCUCGCAACAGUGUUUCUGAACGUCGUUCAAUUGCCAGUCAGUUACUUGACAGCAUGAGGUUUGCAUUAGAUAUGUCUCCAACCAUUGUUGCAUCCGGUUAUAAUUGGUCAACAAACUCUACUGCGAAUUCAGAAUUUCCGUUGACUUCAGCUUCCAAAAAACUGCAAACAGUCUCCGUAUUUCUCCAUUUAAUCGCGGAGAUCGCCCGCCAAACCCCUUCUGUUAUCGAUUUAUUAAGGUCCGACAAAGAAACUGAAAAGAAUUUACGGUUUUGGCAUUUAUCUUCAGAUACAGGCAAUAUAACAAUGAAUAGCUCGCAAGGGAAGGUGAUCAAGUUUUUCAUUAAACCAAAGCAAUCAGAAAUGCAUGAUACAUUCAUCGCCGUAAUCCCAGCUGCCAACUUUCCAGGAGUUCUUCUGACACAACUAGACAAUAUCAAAAAAGUGACAACACCUUCCUUAGACUCAGAUGUUGUAUUGGUCGACACCAACAACGGUCUAUCAUUCACUCUAUCUGUGGAUUUAUCUCAGAAACCGAAUAUCACUGUAUCAUGUGAACAACUAAAGCAGAAUCCCGAGUUUAAAGAACUGUGGAAUGAUGGAAAUUGCAAAACAAUAAUUGUCGGUUCUAAUUUUGAAUGCCAAUGUCUUCCAGCUCAGGGUGGAACAUUCGCGAUCGCUUUGGUCUACUGGUUAGGGUCGUCACAUAUUCCAUUAACACAUGUGUACUCCAUAAGUAUUGUUAAUUAUAUUUUUACUUUCGUAACUAUUGUCGCUUUAUUCCUGUUUUUAAUAUUCACCCGUUUCAUUGGAGUUUUUCGGUUGGAUCAAUUCAACAUAGCGUUUUGCUUAAUGGUUAGUGCAAUUGUUUCUUUGGCGAUUCCACAUACGACUGACAGGCAACCGAUUUUGUGCACUAUCAUCGCUGUUGCUGUUUGCUAUUUUCCGUUGGCUGCUUUUUCAUGGAAAUUUAUAUUUGGGUUGAAUACUUUAAUAUUAAUCAUUGCACCACAUUCUCGAUACCAUGACCUUGUUUCUAAACCGAAAAAUUGUUUGCCAUUAGUUUGGAUAGGUUAUUUGAGUCCUGCAAUUAUUAUUGGUACAUGGUUUGGCUACACAGGAGAAGUUAGUAACAGUGGUCUGUAAGUUAACAUCUUUGUUUCCUCGGUUGUGGAUAUUCCUAUAGUUUUAUUGCUCUCAUAUCUUUUAGAUUUCCUACGAUAAACCUUUUACGUCAGUCUAGAUAAUUAUCAGUGCACGUUCAUCAAAUAAAGUCUUUGUUUAAAGCUUACUGCUGGUCUAGUUAAAUUUUACCAUGCCUAAUUGUAAAAUCCAACAUUAUUAAAACCCGCCUAGUUGUACAUGCAUACCAGUUUCAUGUUCCCAACAAGACUCGGACGCAUCUGCCAUCGCCCAAACAACACAGACUUAUUUCUUUUUGUGUGACUUUUUUGAGACUAGCAGUUGCUGUUAUCAUUUAUCUCGUAUUUUGCGCACAUAGAUUAGACUGCCUUUUAUUUGACCCAUGUAUUCGAGUGUUACAAACAUUGCUUUUUCGUUAAUACAAUUUUUUUGUUUACUUUUAUCCUUUUAGCUGCAUUGGUCCCAAAACUCUCCGUUGGUCUUUUGUUGGUCCAAUAACAACAGUUGUUACUUUUAACUUCGUUAUUUUAUUUGUAGUUGGUCUCGUCCUUCUCAGAAAUUAUCUUGUUACUCGCAAAAGUAAACUAAAUAAAACAACGUACGUAUGCUUUAUGCAUCUACUUUCGAUUCCAGUUUCUAAACUAAAGCAACUUACUACUAAUGAAAGAUUGUAUACGCUUUCUUAGUAUUUACGCAAAACCUUUCAUCUGAAAAGUCAACAUCAAUAAAGAGGAAAAUAUUGUAUGAAUUGUCUUCCAUGAAACUGCUUAAUCAGUUUUUAUCAGUGAUUGGUUUCAAGAAUUACCAAACUAUUUGAUUUUUCCAUCGUUACCAAGGUUUUACUUGAUAAUUUUUAUUUGAGUAUUUAGUAAAUUAGCAACGAUAAAAAUGAUAUAUUUUUAAUUAUCAUAUCAAGUAGGAAAUUGACACUUAGUGUAAGUCCCUUUUCCAGAGGGUAAAUAACCGAAUUGUCAUUUUAAAUUUACUGAUCAGAAAACAAACGAAGAUAUUUCUUUGUAGGUUAUUCUGAUCUGUGAAUUAUUGGUACUUUUAACUGGUUUAAAAUUGCGUUAGCUUCCAUUUUGUCUCGAUUAGCCUAGGUUUAAAUCAAGGUAGUUCAUUUACACUUGAGAUUAUUCAGAAAGCAAUGCUUUCGGUUUAAGUACGAAAUGUAAUCAUGUUUCCCAUUUCGUAAUUCUACACUACAGUUGUUAUUUCAUUUUGCAAUAUCACUGAGUUACAAACAUAUGUGCAGCAUCUCACGUUAUUUUUGUCUAUGACAACCAUAUCCAAGUUCUUAAUACCUUGAUUCUUUCUAUCUAUAAUUGUAGACACUUUUUAGUGCUGACGCAGUUGAUGCUAACGUUAGGAAUUCCAUACAUUGCAAUUUACAUUCAGCUAUUGGACGCUUUCACUAUGCUAAUUGUUGUACCAGUUGCAAUGGCUCUAACAGCUGUACUUAUGUUUCUUCUGGUCGCCGUUUUUGAUGAGGAAAAUCGUCAUUUACUACGAUCCUUUAUUUACAAACACAUCGCACGUUCAAGUGAGCACAGCUCUGGGACAAUGGGAUUGAGAAAUCAAUGCAGGGGAGAAUUUGAGUCAAAGUUUAGAAAAUCUCCUGUCCAUCAUAUGGAGCGGGAUCACUUUUCGUCAAAUUACUUAAGCACACACGCAUUACGCAACCCAGAUAACGGAAAAAGUGCCUAUCAACAUGAUAACACAAUUAGAAGGAAAACACAAGAAUAUAGUUCAAGUAUUGCCUCACCUGAAACUGGUAAUUCAGAUGUACUUUGCGAUUCGAGACAACUAAAUGGGGAGUUAUUUAGUGACAUUUCGUCCACUGAAGAUCACACAAUCGAAAAUAUAAAGAAUGAAGGUGAUGUCAGUCUUGGUUGUCCAAAUAAUCGUUCACAUGUUUUACCUUCUUUCAACAGUCUAGUCACUCGGAUGUAAGUAUUCAGCACAUGUACGUGAAAACAAAUCGGUUGUCCAUUUUAACAACCAUCAAAUUGUUUCUAUCCAAAACAGAUUUAUUCGUGAAAGCGAAAUCACCGGUUUCUUACUUACUACUUUUUACCAAUAACGAAAUUUUCACUUGUACGUCAUAAUUUUUUAAUGUUUUCUUUCUAAAACCUUAGCAUUUUAAGUGGGUAUAUUUCAUUUGUUUGCUAUUUCCGUGUUUAUGCGCACAGGAUGAAGUUCAAUUUUUAAAACACUAGAAAUUGUUUUUAUAGAUUUUUCCACUUACUGUUGUAUUGUUUGUAUAUAUUAUUUCUCUAUGUAUUGAGCUAAUGUGCGAUCUGCGUAAUCUCCACUUUACAUCAAACUGAAUUUUCGAAAUUAUUAAUUUGCCACAUAAUGCAUGCACAAAUAGGUUAAUUUUGAUUUCUUAAAAUAUUUAUCGUUUGCAUAAUUUAUUAUGAUUAGCAAUUACGUAUACCUUCUUUGCCAC